AUGGCAAGCCGAGAAACAGUCACAACUUCAAAUGAAGGCGACAAUGGUCGACUCAUUGCUGUUCAUAAGAUGCCUAGCGUUGUUACGAUAUGGUUGCACGAUUGUGAGGAUCACAACAACGAAGAUUUUCAAUAUACAAUUAGACAACUUGAACGCAUUGUGAGUCAUGUAAAUACGUUUACCGAUAAUGACGAAUGCGUUGAGUUUAUUUUGAAUAGUAGUCAGAGCAAAGUAUACAUAAUCCUUUCUGAUUCAGUUGUACGAUACCUUGUUCCUUGUAUUCAUGAUAUGCCUCAAUUGGAUUCAAUUUUCAUCUUCUGUGAAAAUCAACGUCGUCAUGAAACAUGGGCGACAAUUUGGACUAAGAUAAAGGGUGUUUUCAUAGACAUAAAGUCACUCUAUGAAGCAGUAAAAGAUAUAUUUAAUCGGUACGAACAGAAUGCUAUGCCAAUAAGUUUCUUAGCAUCAGAAAGAAGACUGGAUCAACUCAAUCCAUCGUUCAUGUAUACGCAACUCUUCAAGGAAGUCUUAUUAACCAUAAACUUUGGCGACGAACAUAUAAAACAAUUUAUCCAUGAUUAUCCCACUGCAUUAACUAUCAAUAGUAAACAAUCUAGCGAUGCCGAUCAAUUAGUGAAUGACUAUCUUGCAAAUGAGCCUAUUUGGUGGUAUACUAGAGGUACUAUCUUACACUCCAUGCUCAAUCGUGCCUUACGAGUAAUAGAUGGUGAAAUCCUCGUGCGAAUGGGAUUCUUCAUCGCUGAUCUUCAUCGACACAUCGAACAAUUGCAUAGAGAACAAAUUAUUAAUACAUCUUUUUCGAACAUCUUUACCGUUUAUCGUGGACAAGGAUUGUCUAGAGAAGACUUUGAAGAACUAUCUAAGACUAAAGGUGGUUUGAUGUCAUUCAACUACUUCUUAUCUACUACCAUGGAACGCGACAUUGCCAAUCAUUAUGCAGACAGUAAUGCAUACAAUUCUGAUUUAGUGGGAAUUCUUUUUAACAUAAAGGUUGAUCCUACUCAAACAACCACGCCAUUUGCUUUUAUUGAAAAUGUUAGUGAAUUCGGCGUUGAAGCUGAAGUGUUGUUUACUAUGCAUAGUGUAUUUCGCAUACAUGAGAUCAAACCGCUUUGUACCGAUCGCCCAAUCUACGAAGUGAAUAUAUUACUAACUAGCGACGUUGACAAAGAACUGAGUACACUUACCAAUUAUAUUCGACAAGAGAAUUAUUUAGAUGGAGAUGGUUGGAGUAGAUUAGGUCAACUGCUAAUCAAGCUGAGUCAGAAUCAGAAAGCUGAAGAAAUUUACAAUGUAUUGUUAAGUCAAACGUCGAAUGAUAAUGAUAAAUGGCUAAUCUAUCAUCAACUUGCUACCGUCCAGGACCAUUAG